CAAAGAUGGCAGCUCUGAAAGAAGUUGUGUCGACUUAUCAACAGUUAACCCAAGAAUGGAACAAAAAGCCAUCGGAUUUAGACAAAUGUGGCACUCUUCUUGGUAAAUUAAAGGUUGCAUUGACGGGGCUUAUGUUCUUGCCUACACAAGAUACAGCAGCAACAAAACAGGAGCUUCUUGUUGCAAGAGACAUUCUUGAAAUUGGAGCUCAAUGGGCAAUAGCUAAACGCGAUAUUCCAACAUUUGAAAGAUACAUGGCCCAGCUGAAGUGUUACUACUUAGAUUACAAAAAUGAUCUCCCCGACUCAGCAUACAAGUACCAGCUCUUGGGCCUGAAUCUCCUUUGUUUGCUGUCACAAAACAGACUCGCAGAAUUCCACACAGAGUUGGAGUUACUGCCUGUGAAAGAUCUACAAACAAAUAUAUACAUCAAGCAUCCCAUUUCAAUGGAACAGUAUUUAAUGGAGGGAAGUUAUAACAAGAUUUUUCUUGCAAAGGGGAAUGUUCCAGCAGAGAGUUACAAUUAUUUCAUGGACAUCUUAUUGAACACUAUCAGGGGUGAAAUAGCCAGCUGUAUGGAGAAAGCUUAUGACAAGAUAGCAUUUAGUGAGGCAGCCAGAAUGCUGUUUUUCGAUUCCCAGAGACCUAUGAAGCAGUAUGCUUCAGAGAGAGGUUGGGUGGUUGGUUCAGAGAACUACUUUUAUUUCCAAAAAGAAGAAAAGAAAGGAGAUGAAGACAUACCUGCUCUAAAUCUAGUACAACAGACUAUUGAAUAUGCCAGAGAAUUAGAAAUGAUUGUUUAGACAUUGCACAUAGAAGAUCCAAUUCAUCAGGCUAGUACUCUGUGAACUGUGCUGAUAAAGAAGCUUAAUUUCACAUCAAUUCAAUCAUUGACAGUACAUCUCAGUUAUUGAAGAGGCGUCUUCACAUAUUUUAUACAAGAUUUAAACUAGAACCCUGUCAAAACAUCACAAAAAGCUUUAAUUAAGUUCAAAGAUGGCAUGUGAAAAGGGACACCCAGAGACCAUUCAAAUUUUUCAGAGCUGUAUUCUUUGUCGUACAUACUGCAUAACAUUUUCAAAAAUAAAUUUAAAAACGA